AUGAACGACGAUAAGGCUGCCAUCGCCGUUGCCACUGCUGUUUCUUCUGCUGGUGAAGAUGAAGAAAGCGGCCAACGGCACGUCGUCGAUUGGACUGCUGAAGAGGAGAGGAGGGCAAAGAGAAAGCUUGAUUUUAUCAUUAUGCCCAUACUUACGCUGGGAUUCUUUUGCCUCCAGCUCGACAGGGGAAAUAUGGCAAACGCGAUUACAGACCGCUUUAUGGAAGAGGUCGGCAUUAAUCAGGAUCAAUUUAACAUUGGUCAACAAAUGCUAUCGCUUGGCAUCGUUUUGACGGAGAUCCCUUCGAACAUGAUCCUGUAUCGAGUUGGCCCAGGCAAAUGGCUGACGCUGCAGUUGUUUUUGUUUGGAAUUGUGAGUACUUUCCAAGCCUUUCAGCGCAACUAUAGUGCCUUCUUGGCCACUCGAUUCCUUCUCGGUAUAACCGAGUCCGGCUUUAUUCCUGGUGGUCUGUGGACGCUGUCGACCUGGUAUACGCGCGAUGAGACAGCUAAGCGAGUCAUGGUAUUUUACUUUGGCAACCAACUAGGCCAAGCAUCCGCAAAGCUCCUGGCAUUUGGUAUUCUUCAUAUGAGGGGUGUUGGUGGACAGCCCGGCUGGUUCUGGCUAUUCACACUGAUGGGAGCCUUCACGAUUCUGGGAGGCUUCAUCUUCGGAUUCUUCCUGCCCGACUCCUUCCAAAACCCGUACAGUACCUUCUUACCCAAGUUCUCGAGGUUCACAGAGAGGGAGAUACAUAUACUACAAACGCGAGUUUUGCUAGAUGACCCAAGGAAGGGUGAGAAGAAAAAGGCGAUCGGUCUUGAUGCCUUCAAACGAGCGUUUAUCAAUUGGAGAAUCUGGAUACACUUUUUCAUUACAUUAUUAAACAAUGGCCCUCAACGAGCAUUCGAUACCUAUGCACCGUCGAUAGUCGUCAGCUUUGGGUUCGGCAACCUCAGUAGCAAUGCGCUCGCUGCUGUCGGUCUCUUUCUUCAGGUUCCUGUUUCCUUUGCUUUCAGCUGGGUAUCAGAUCGAUUUAACCGCCGAGGUGAAACAGUGAUGGUCGGCUUGACAUGCCAUUUGCUGGGCUACAUUUUCAAUCAGGUAUUCACAACGGUCAAGUUACGCGGUGUCCGCUAUUUUGGUGUAGUUUGGACUCAAGUCUUUGGCACCUUUUCUCAUCCGCUUAAUAUCGCAUGGCUCUCUCUCGCGUGCGACGACUCGGAACAGCGAGCGCUCGCGAUGGCAGGAGUGAUUAUGAAUGCCAACAUCGCCGGGAUCUAUGGCGCUCAGAUAUUUAGAGGCGAUGACAAACCUCUUUACCGCCGCGGAUUUAGCGUGGCUAUUGCAUUGCUUUCAGCAGGGCUUUUGUUAGUCAUUGUUCGGUGGGUAGACGACUUCCGUCGACGACGCAAAGUAAGAGCCUUUUUGGAGUGA